AUGAUUUAAAGACAUCAAGAAAUAUUACUUAAAACUAAUUAUCACGAAAUUAGUUUGCUUCCAGGAAGACCAAUAUACGAAUAUGAAUUGGAUAUAUUAAAUUCAACUCCAGAAUUAAUAUAAGCUGCUUUAAAAUAAUUUAGACCAUAAAUUUUAGAAAUGUUAAGGAAUUAUAUGAGUAUUGAUAAUAAAAUCUAUUCUCCUAAAAUAAUUGAUGGAAUUGAGAAAGCAAGAUCAAAAACUUUGGGAACAAUAUAAAAUCAUGAAGAAGCAGAGUAAAUAGUAUCAAUAAAACUCAUUGAUCGUUUAAGUGAAAAUCAUCUAAGCAAGAACUAAAUAAUUGCUAGAUUAAUUAAGUAAGUUGUUAGAAAUCAAUUCUAAAUGGUUUCUAUAGGGAAAAUAGGUAGUAAAUUAUUCUGGAGUUAAAGAGCUGCUAAAUAAUAAGAGAACAAUUUAGAAGUAUUAAUUUUAUUUAAAAUUUUAGAUUUGGCCAGGAGUUGAAUGCAUUUAUUAACCAAGUACUAUCUAAAAUUUCAAACCUAAAUUAAUUAUAGAUUGUGCAUUUAGAAUUCUAAGAUACAGAUCUGUUUUAGAGGAAUUAAUUUAAUUCAAAUAAAAUCUUGACAUAAUUAUUGGAUAGAUAGUGAUGACCACUUAUAAUAAAAAGUUUUACCAAAUUUCUGGUAUAGAAGUAAAAAUGAGUCCAAAAUCUACAUUUUUAAAUUAAAAUGGUGAAGCUAUAACUUUUGAAAAGUAUUAUAGUUCAAAGUAUAAUUAAAAAAUUGAAUCAAAUUAACCUUUAUUAAAGGCAAUUGUCAAAGGAAAGAGAGAUUAAAAUGAAAAAGAGAUUUUUUUAAUCCCUUCUCUUUGUUAAAUGACUGGGUUGACUGAUGAAAUGAGAAAUGUAAUAAGAUAUUAUAUUUUUUUAGGAUUUCAACGCAAUGAAAAAGAUAUCAGAAAUAACAAAACCUUCAGCUGAAAUUAGAAUGAGAACAGCAUAAGAUUUUAUUUAAUAACUGUAAAACACAAAAAUUAUAAAUAAAAAGGAUAAUACUUAAAAAGUAGUUUUAAAUGAAUGGGGAUUAGAGAUAAAAAAAGAUUGCAUAUAGAUUUCAGCUCAAAGACUAGAUCCUGGAAAUAUGUUAAUGGGGAGAGAUUUAAAAUUAAAUUUAGGAGAUAACAAAACAAAUUUAGAUAGAUAAACACAAACUUAAAUGUAUUAAACACCUCAAUAACAACUAAUGUUAGCAAUUUUUUACAAUGCAAAUACAGGCAAAUAAUCAUUAACUUCAUUCUUAGAAAAUUAUAAAUUAGCUUGUGGAGAAUUUCAAUUUAAUGCCUUUUAUUAACCAAAAGUCAUUGAGAUGUAAUAAGAUAGAGAAGAGGAAUUAGAAAGAUUAUUAUAAGAAUUAAAGGUUUUUGUUGAUGAAAAAAAAAUAAAAGUUAAUUUUUUAUUAUUUUUGUUACCAGGUUAAAAGAAAAAAGCCAGAUUAUAUAAAGCUUGUAAAAGAAUCUCUAUGGCUAAAUUUGGUUGUGCAUCUUAAGUUAUUAUAGAAAAAACUUUAAGCAGAAAUACAAGAUCUAUAGUAAAUAAGAUUUUAAUUUAAUUAAAUGCAAAAAUUGGAGGAACUCCAUGGGCAUUAGAUGGUAUACCUGAUAUAUUUACAAAUAAACCUACAAUGAUUUGUGGUGUUGAUAUUUUUACAAAGAUUGGAAGAAAAAGUCAAUUAGCAUUUUGUAGCACCAUUAAUAGAAAUUUCAGCAGAUAUUAUUCUUAAGUGUUAACAUCUGGAGAAUUUUGUUUACACUUAUAAUAAUGUUUAAAAGCUGCCUUAAUUGCUUUUAAAUAAGAAUUACAAGUUUAUCCAAAAAAUGUAAUUAUAUAUAGGGAUGGAGUUGGAGAUGGUUAAUAAGCAGCUGUAUUAGGAACUGAAUUACCAUAAUAUAAGUAAGCCUUAAAAGAGUUAGAAUUAAAUGAUGUAUCACUUACUCUAGUCAUCUGUAAUAAAAGAGUUUCUGCAAAAUUUUACACUGGAGGUUAAGGUAGAGCAGAAAAUCCACCUCCAGGUACAAUUAUAGAUAAUAAAAUCAUCACAAAUGAGGAAGCAAUAAAGUUUUAUUUAAUCUCUCAAUUAAGUAGAUAAGGAACUGUAACUCCAACUCUUUAUAAGGUUCUUUAUUCUGAUUUGCAAGGUAUAAUUAUAAAAUAUAAAUAAGGUAUUGAUUAAAGUAUUAAAAUAAUGACUUUCAAAUUAUGCUGGCUAUUUUAUAAUUUUACAGGUUCAAUCAAAAUACCUGCACCAGUCCGUUAUGCACAUUGUCUCUGUAAUUUUAUUGGAGAUAAUUAUGAUGAUAAAGAUAAAAUUAAAUUUCUUCCACAAUCAGACUUAAUUCAUCAAAAAGUGCUAUUUUAUAUUUGA